AUGUAUGCCAACGGAAAUCCUCUCAUCAAGGAAUCCUUUAUGAAAUACACCAACUUGGAGCUCCUGAAACUGGCAUCAUAUCUUGCUCGACAUGAUGUUGUUUUUAACAGGCUCCCUCAAUACCCAGUUGAGAUUUCUGAGGAUCAUUGUCCGAGCGACUCUGAGCAAUCUGAGGAAUGUGCCUCGCCACCAACACCCGGCAACAAACAGCAAACAUUACCUCUGAAAACCAGUUCGUCUACAUUAAGAGCUGACUCACCACCCGUAAGAGAUACUGGCCUGGAUCCCAGUCAACGCAAACCCCUCUACGCUCCCACUGAUCGUCAGCUUAACGCUACUAAAUUAGAUUCUGGAAUAUUGACAGAGCAAGUCACCAAGAACCCAUAUUUACCAUCAGACAAAGGUGGGGCGUUUAUGCGCGGCCGUUUCCCGCAGCAACUCGCCACGUCUAAGGGCCUCUUGAGGUCCUGUGUCCGACCACUUUGCCGCAAGGGACCUCAGAGUGAGAAGGUGUCUUUGUCCGUGCGUUGGGCUGACAGAGAUGCCACUGCACGUCAGCAUAAACGAGACGUGUACCAAACUUGUCGCUUCCGCUCCCAAGCGAAUUCGCGACCUCAUCGUGAUCUGAGCAUUCUAUCGUCGUAUCUAAAACGCCUCGGAUCUGGUGGCAGUCUAGGUGAUCAAGUGGACGAGUUGAAAAUAAUGCGUCGACCAGAAUUCAAUCCCGUGUGUCGAGAGGAGGAAAGAAACCUUCGGUUUCAGUUGUGUCGAAAUUCCGACGCUGACCGACAAUAUUCUGCGGCUGUAGCUUUCUUCAAAAAGUGGGAAGGAACAUUAACGACCAACAGCCCUAAUAAGGCUGCCAAACCCUCUAUUUCUUCGUCUCAAAUCCAGCCCGAUGACUUUAUUUCCGACUCUUCAUCUGCAUCAACUGAUUCCAUCGGCCGAUUUAUAAGUAGGCGCACAAAACAACGAUACUCCUUCAAACACCAAUUCCGAGCACUACCAGACCGGAAACAAAAUCCCCGGCGGUCUUCGAAAGUCACUCAAUUUAAUUUCCAUUCAAUGGAAUGCAGCACCCCAAAGAUGACUGAUUCAAAUUUUGAUCAACUGCCAGCUCCCUCAAUCUACGAAGUCCUCAGGUUGCCAAUUGGCGUUCAUCGACGACUGCUAGAGGGCAACAAAAUUGCCAGAACCACCCACGAGGAGCAUUGGCGACAGGUUGGUCUUCAAUUGGGCGCUCCUGAAAGUUUCUUUGUACCCAUUGUUUUUGAUCGCCUAACGGAUGAAAUCGUCGACUCUUGCAUUGAAGCGGGCGCCAGGGCCAUAGAAUCACUUUUCGACAAUAUCAUUGACGAGCUUGUCCACUUUGAACUAAGGACCUCCUCUUCUUGUGGUAGUUGUAGCAAUGUAGAUAUGUGUCAGUCACCUGUCCGUCAGCCUUCUAAUUUGGAUCCUCUUCUUGCUCCUGCUCCCGAGAUUGUUUUCGAUUAUAACCGUCUCAAUGAACUGUCUCAUGACAGGAUCCACACAAACUUUUUGAUUGAUGAGGAAGCGGGUAAAAAAACGUCUGGCCGUUUCAUCUUAAGCCGAUCAAGGCCGACUCAAUGCAGUCUUUCGAAACGAGACAGUCGCACCAUAAUGUGCAGUCGAGAAAAGUCAGAUUAUAAGAAGCAUGCCACUAAAACCGAAACCGAAAAACGAUUGGCAUCUGGCAACGAAUCCACUUCACACGGCGCAAAUGACCCCAAAUCACCUGCUAUGUUGGCGAAUGUCCCUGAAGGUGUUGAAAAUGCUAGUUCUGUCCAUAAGUGUCAAAAAACAAUAGAAAACGUUUGCUCACUGGAGAACCUCCAUUGCUUUGACAAUGCGCCAGCAGAUAAAUGGAACUCAGAAACAGCACUGUCAUCUUCAGGCAGUAAGCCCAAGUCCAGUUUGUUUAGUGAGCGCAUCAUCAAAGACUGCUCUGUUGAGAGUCCUGCGAAUGCAAUUUCUAAGUCAAAGGAAUUCGGUAGUGCGAAUUCAGAAACCAGCGAGUCAGUCCGACCAACAUCCGAAGCAACUUCUCCCGCUGAAAAUCCCUGUACACCAGAAGAAAUUAGAGUGCAGAAUAGUGGAUCGACGCCCUAUCAACCACCACCAACAGCAAGUGACGAAAUUAUUACAAGUUCGGAUCCUAACCGUGCGAAGAUCAAGUCAGUGUUAGUCGCCUGUCUACGACUGGAGACCCUAAAGGAGUACCACUGUCACCUCUUAAGUCUCUCUUCCCCCAAACCCAUAAAACUUAAAAAAACACCUUCAAUUGAUCUAGCCUCAUCGCUUACAGGCACCCUAAUACCGGAUAUCAGUACUCCAGACGUUUCUAUUUCUUCGGAUAUCAAGCCCAUUGAGAAGGUCUCCUCCUCCAGUAAUUUGAACUCCGCUUCCGGAUCUGCAGCCGGCGAUAGGUACGAGGAAGACUUCGAAUCCAGCGGAGAGUCAUGUUGA